AAAAAAAAAAAAUCAAGGUGCUAACGUUGAUGGUUAGAGAAUCGACAGGCUCUCCCUUCCACGGUAGUAUCGUCGACAGCGCCGACGACAAUAUCAUUGAGAAUGGCCGCCGGUACUGCAACGGCAGCUACUUCAUGCCCAACGACGAGGCGGAGCAGACGCGCCUCAACAUCGAGCACCAGAUGUACCUGAUCGUGCUGGAGGGCCAGCUGACGACGGCACCGAUCCCGACAGACAGCCCGAGCAUCCUCGACAUCGGCACCGGGCCAGGCGACUGGGUGGUGGAGAUGAGCCAACAAUACCCGGACGCAAAGAUCGUCGCGACGGACAUCUCCGUCUUCGACACGGCCCUGGCCGAGAUCGACCUGCCCAACGUCUCCUUCACGCUCGACGACGCCCGCGCCGCCGACUGGCCCUACGACCGCGACACGUUCGACCUCAUCCACCUGCGCGGCCUCUCGGGCGCCUUCGCCAACUGGUCGCGAAUCUACGAGCAAGGCCUGACCCACCUGAAACCAGGCGGGUACAUAGAGAUCACCGAUAUGGAUCCCGCAGGCGACACGGUGACAUUCCCCAAUGCCAACGAUUCAUACCUCCACAUCUACACUGCAGCAAUGCAGGCCGCCGCCAGGGAGGCAGGCACGCCGCGCGACCUGCGCCAUCUACGGGCCUCGGCCCUCCGCGCCGCGGGCUUCGUGGACGUCCAGAUCGUCGAGCGUAAUAUCCCCGUCGGCCUGUGGCAUGAGGACCCGCACGUCCGCACCCUCGGCAAGAUGGCCCUCAUCGCUUUCCUCGAGGGGCUCGAGGCCUUUGCGCUCCGUUCUCUCACCGCAACAGGUCGCUGGACUCCCAAUUCCGUCCGCGAGCUCUGUCAGAAGGUCCAGGCCGAGCUACUCUCUGCAUCCAAAGUCAUGACCCGCCUGCGGAUCGUCACGGCGCGGAAACCGCUUUCAAGGGGAAGCCGUACAGACAGAAGGUACUGGAGCGAAACGUGAAUCUAAAAUGUACAAUCAUCUUAAAUGACAUGCUACAAGAGUAUAGAGGUUAACAAUGUAGUGGUUUGACCUGCUCGACCCGAUUAUCCAAAUCUCCGCGAGCGUAUUGGUCCCGAGUCUCGGAAUCAAGAUACUGCUGCACCUGUGCCAUGCGCGAGUACGCUUCCGCGCAGAAGCGCAGCUGGAUCUUGACCAGGGCCUCGAAACUAGGGUCCAGAUAGGGCACGCGCAGGUCGAUCAGCUGCGGCAGCUCGGUGAAGAGCUGCUCGUUCAGCUGCUCGUAGGCCUGCUUGGCGAUCUCGGCCUCGCGCUCCGCGCGCGGCAGCUUGGUCGC